AGAUGAAAAUGGUGAACGCUAAUGUAACGUGACUAACUAACGUGCACCGUCAUCCUUUCUUUCGCGAGAAGAAAGGCACCUGGCCUUCACCCACGUAUAUAAGUCCACCUCCGCAUUCUGUCUUUUCCCUUUUAUCUCUCCACACUUCUGUAGGUAGUCCUCCAUAACUCUCUGUAGCAUACAACGGAUUCAGAGCACAAAAUCGUAGUAGAAGGAGCGAUGGCGGCACUACAGUAUCUUGACACCCUGAGGAAUACUCACCCGGAGCUUUCUGAGUGGUACAACACGCUUGCAGAUCUGUACCAGCGCAAACUCUGGCACCAGCUCACCCUCAAGCUCGAACAGUUUGUCGCCCUCGCUGUCUUUCAGGCUGGUGAUGCUCUAAUACAGCUGUACCACAAUUUCAUAACCGAGUUUGAGACAAAGAUCAAUCUCCUCAAGCUUGCUCAUUUUGCUGUCAUAGUUUCCCGGCAGUAUUCGGAGAAAGAGGCUGCCAUAAAUUAUCUUGAAGGAGUGAUUGAAAAGCUUCGUAAUACAAAAGAGAUGCGCAUUGAGGAGCCUAUUCUUUAUAUAAAGAUGCAGAUUGCUACUUUUAAGCUUGAGCAAGAAGAUCAUAAAGAGUGCAAGAAACUCUUAGAGGAUGGGAAGAGUACACUUGAUAGCAUGACUGACAUUGACCCAUCUGUGUAUGCCAGCUACUAUUGGGUUUCAUCUCAACUUCAUAAAUCUUGUCAAGAAUUUGCAGAUUUCUAUAAAAGCGCUCUUCUUUAUUUAGCUUACACUUCUGUGGAGUCUCUGUCAGAAUCAUUUAAGCUGGAUUUGGCAUUUGAUUUGUCCCUAUCAGCAUUGUUGGGGGAAAACAUUUACAACUUUGGAGAACUCCUUGCUCAUCCAAUUGUAAAAAGUCUCAUAGGGACUAAGGUAGAAUGGCUAUACUAUAUUCUGGAAGCAUUCAACUCUGGCAACUUGGUUCGUUAUCAAGAAUUGUGCCAGGUUCAUAUGGCUGCUCUUAGUGCCCAACCAGCAUUGGUGCAGAAUGAGAAGAACCUUCUGGAGAAAAUUAACAUUCUCUGCUUGAUGGAGAAUAUUUUUAGUCGACCAUCAGAAGAUAGAACUAUUCCAUUAUGUGUCAUAGCUGAACGAACAAAGCUUACUGUGGAAGACGUGGAGUAUCUUCUUAUGAAGAGCCUUUCAGUGCAUCUGAUUGAGGGAAUUAUUGAUCAAGUUGAGGAAACAGUUUAUGUUUCCUGGGUUCAACCAAGAGUUUUGGGGAUUCCUCAAAUCAAAUCAUUGCGUGAUCGACUGGACAAUUGGAUGGAGAAAGUACACACUGCAUUGUUAUCUGUUGAGGCAGAAACCCCUGAUUUAGUCGCAGCAUAACUUUAGAUCCGAACCUUGUCAUAUUCAUCUGCCACUCUCUUUCUGGCCAGAACAUAGUCUUAUGUCGGAAGAGGGCAAAUUUAAGUUUCUUUGUUGACCCGUGUGCUUAAUCACAUAAUUGCUCGCAUUUUCAAUUUUUGUUUUAGGGAAGCAGCAACAUAUUUCUCAUAAUUUCAAGUUGUGCCUUGGUACUCCCUACAUAACAGACAACUGUUUCUACUGCCUCAAUUAUCUCAUGCAUGGAACGGUGUAGAAC